AUGAUUAUCGGCGGUGGCGACGACUCGGUGAUCAACCACGUAAAGUUUACCAUCACGCAUAAGCUGAAGCGUACAAUCGCUCACAAAUGGUAUGAUGGCUUCGAAGAUAGUAUCACCUUCGAAAAGUCAGAUGCUGACGGUUUGUCUUUCCCUUAUUACGAUGCUUUAGUCAUAACAUUACGCAUAGCUGAUACAGAUGUGAAAAGAAUCAUGGUAGACGACGGAAGCGGCGCGUGUAUUGUCCACCCGAGAGAUCUCAUGCGAAUGAAGCUCGAGGAAAAGAUAAUACCACGUUGCAUAACACUAACGAGUUUUAAUAAUGCAGUAGAGCGGACAUCUGGAGAAAUAGCACUGCCAGUCCUGGAUGGGGGAGUCACGCUGGAAACUACCUUCUACGUCAUGAACCAGGAAACCGCCUACAAUGCUAUCAUAGGACGCCCAUGGAUACACGCCAUGCGAGCCGUCCCCUCAAGCUUCUAUUAG